AUUUGUCUCCAUUAAGGACGAAGGGGCGCUCUCGGAGCGAGCUCUAGUGCAAAGCCUCGGUCUACCGGACGAGAGGGUAGGGUUGGGAAUUUCAGAGCGCAGGGAGCAAGGUCAUCUUUGUGGACCUCUUUGGGAAAAUCGAGCGAGGAGACAAGCGAGAAAGAGGAAGAAUGGCGAUGGCAGGAAUUGGAUGUCGUACACCUUCGGUCUUUCUUUCUCGACCGUCUGCAAUAUUAAGAUUGUUACCAGCUUGUACCGCAUCCAGUUCGAUAGUGAAUGGUAGGAAUUUUUCCUCGUCCUCUCCUGGAGCCAGAUUCUGGGGACAGAAUGUGACGGUGGUGGGAGACAGGGGAUUGACAAGGAGAAGAUUCGAGCAGAGGUUAUCCAUCAGAGCGGUCAAUGUUACCGGUCCAGGUGCUAUUGAUUCUCCUCUCAUGCAGAGUAUGCAGGCCAAGAUUAAGGAGCAACUUGAUGCAGAGAAUGUCAUUGUGAAGGAUGCGUACGGCGACGGUCGCCAUGUCAGUAUUGAUGUCGUAGCAGAAGUAUUUGAAGGGAAAAGCGCUGUUAACAGACAACGUAUGGUGUACAAGGCAAUAUGGGAAGAAUUACAAGAGACCGUGCACGCGGUGGACCAACUCCGAACGUUCACUCCGGCUGAAGCUGCAAAUCGACCCGAAGAUCUUUGAGAUUUUAUGCAGGAGUUGUACAACUGUUUCAAGUGCCAGAGCUGAUAUCUAAUAAUACAAUUUUCUGUCUAGUAUUCAACCUAGACUGUCUUCUUGCCUCUUCUUGGUCAAGGAGUUCAUGUACAAUAUAUUGACAGAAUGAAGCUGAAAGAAAGAUGUACUUGUGCUCGAAAGUCCUCGUUUAUUCUUUGCUUUCAUCUUUCGCGAGACGGAUGCAAAUAAUCAUCUGGCAAUAAGAUAUGAGUAACGAUACUUGCAGGAAUUCUGAGUUAACGAAAUCGAAAAACUUAUCUUGGUCAAAUUUUUUUGUUGAUCACCUACUGCUCACCCGAAUCAGUCAGACUUCUCUCCGAAGUGAUGUGGCUAACAUGUACCUGCUCCUCGCGUAGUUUACAGUUCUCCACCUGAAUCCGCCUCCUCUUUAUUACUGG